UAUAAAAAAUUGAUUUCGUUUUCGUUUCUUUCUGCGACGGAAAAUUAUAAAUUCUAUUGUGGAAUCGUAUGAAAUAUGCAUAAAAUAUUAACAUUAACUACCGGUUGAUAAGAAGAUAGCCAUGAGUAUACUAGAGAAGGCAGAGAAAGCGUUGGAGUACCUAAAACACAAUGAAGGAUCUACUAAGAGUCAUGAGUUGCAGACGGCUGCAGGGACACUUGGUAGAUGUUUGGGAACGCUAGGGAGCCGCUCAACUUAUGCUAGGCAUUAUGCUAAUUUAUUACAUAGUGCGCUGCCAACUUUACUAUCCUUGGCUAGCAAUGAUAGUGCUGAGGUCCGUCUUGUUGGCGAUGAGGCCCUGAAUCGGGCUGUGGUGGGAGGAUUUGCGUUCCAUUCUCACAAAACCAACAUCAUUUUGCAGAAUUUGAUUGAUUCUUCUAGAAAUGCAAGAUGGAUCCGAGCAGCUCUCUCCCGUAUCUGCCUGGGCGACUGCUGGCUUCGCCCCGGCACUGGGAAGAUCCGGUCACAAGCCCAGACUCUAUUCCCGAAGCUGAGUCAGAUUGUGCAGCAGACAGACGAAAUACAACUCAUUGUGGAGGCAUUAGAGACCAAUUUGCCGAGGAUAUUGACGGCCUUGGCUGAGUAUACCACGGAUGAAGAGAUUUCUGAACUGUCCAAAGCGUUGCUGGCGCACGCGGAGUCGCCGUCGCCGGGCGUGCGGCGCGGUGUGUCGUGUUGCGUGGCGCACCUUUGUUCACAUCGGGAACCGUUGCUCACUAAUGUACUGGGGAUGGUUUUUGAGAAACUGUGGCCGGUCACAACAGACAGUGGUACGGUUAUGGGCUGGUUUUGCGUACUCAAAGCCGUGUUUCAAAUUAACGACGUAUGGAAGUUCCAUGACAACGAACUGUUCUGCGUUCAGGAUUAUUUGGAGCUAUACCAACUGUGCCUUCACUACAUAGAAAACACAAAAGAUCAUAACAUACAGAACGCUGUGUUGGAAUGUCUGUCCGUACUACUGGGGCAGGCCACUGGGGGGUAUCGGAAGGCUCUGCUGGACAAACACGCCCAGCUCGAGAGCUUGGGGGAUAGACAGAGCCGCAUGGGGCACAGGAGGAACAUAAGUUCUACAAGCGUGAUAUCAGCACGUUACGUGCCAAGUCCGGCUUCGUACAAUCGCGAAGGACCAGAGCUUUCGUUCAGCGGGGAGCUCCAACUCGGUAGCUUGUUGCAACUUCACACGCCUAGUUUGAGUGUAGAGGAUUUGAGUAUUCAGACUCCUGACUCGCACGAGAGCGAUACAGACACACAUUUACCCCCUGAUGAGUUGUCCAAAGAUCUGUCAGAGAAGUUGGAGGAGUUUGAAGAGAUGUACGAGAAGGAAUGCGAGCAUGAUCUGGUGGAUUGUCCUCAGGAUAUCGGCUUUAAGGUAAACAUUGGCGCUUUGUCAGACGAAGAUGUACCUUUAAAAUACUGCUCAAGAUUAAUUGCAUCCAAAUUUCUGCUGACUGGCAACAAAGGCGAGAUUAUCCAUGACAGAUCUGUGAGAGUGUCAGUGAAAGCGUCCGCCCUAAACUGCCUCUCGGAAAUACUACAGUUGUACCCGCAAGCCGCCACAAUGUAUUUGGACAAAGAUGCAGAUUUCAAGAACCAUAACAAUUCUGGAUCGUCAGAAGGCAUGGAGAUGCAUCAGGAUAACAUAAACGAGUUCAUAUUAGAGAGAAAUGUGUGCUAUCAAGACUCUUUGAGCGACUCAAUGAGUCAAGAUUUCCUGAACCGCAGCGUGGACAGCCAACAGACUUCCAACUCCCAAAUCGUAUCAAAAAAGGACAGUAAAUCUCUAGAAAAAUCUAUAGAGAGCGCGGAAAAAUCCUCCAAGGAUAUACCGAGCGCGAUUCUAGACAGUAAAUACGCGAAUCUCAACCUUAAUACCAGCGCGAUAAGUGCGGAUUCUAACCAAAUUAUGAGUACAAGUAAUUUGACAACCAACUCUAACAUGACUGGCAGUACUUUUUAUCCGAUGUCAAGUAGCGGAGAUGUCCUAUCGUCUAGCGCGGAUUUGGACAUGAAAUUCGAUCAUUUCGGCGAUUCUCCUGUCGAAGUGGAGAAGAGAGAUGAAAAGAAGAUUGUAGUAAGAACUUGUGAUGUUAAAGAGAGUUUUAGAAUUGAUGAAGUUGAGAAAGAGUUUGUCUUUCAGCAUAUGUCUGAUGUUUUCUCUUUGUUGGGAGAGCAUAGUGAUCCUCAGAUCAGGGGGUUGGUGAGGGUGUGUAUAGGGGGUUAUUUAGGGGCGGCUUUGAAGUUGUGCCACGGGGAUUAUGAUCGGUGGAGGAAGUAUGCAGUGCUGCCUCAUGACGUCAGCGAGGAAUUAUGCGUGGAGAAGUUGAUGGAUAUUUUGUUGAAGGGCCUCUCGGACGAAAUCCACUCGACAGUAAAUCACACGCUAUCGUCUAUAACUAAUUUAGCCUACCCCUUAGCUCACAGUACCCACUGGACUUUACUUAUAGACGCUUUGAACUGUUUAGUAGCGGUGGAACAUAAUAGCUAUUGGUUGUGUCGAGUCAGUUUGUGCAGGCUGUAUGAGAAACUGCCGUAUCAGAGAUUAUUCACACUAUACUCUGGUUACAAUAAUAAAAGCAAACUCAUUAUGGAUACACUGGUUCGUUUGCUGAACGAUCAAGAUCAAAAAGUGAGGAAAGCCGCGUCACAAACUAUUACCAACAUAAUACCAAACAUUUAUCCAUCCAAACGUUCCACACCUAUAACAAUGGUCGCCGACAUCGCCAAAGAGCAUACUAAACAUUUGAAUUUCGAUCGCGGCAAUUUAUCCCUCUUUUUGGUUCGAGACAUGUACUUUGUGAGCGAAUUGCCGGACCAAUUGCGUUGCGGGGAUUCGACGGAGCAUAUUGAUUCGCUGAGAAGUGUUGUAGCUGAUUUGAGGGCUAAUAUUACGAUCGAUUGUAAACAGAAUUCGCAAGGUUUACUCGAGACUCUGCAAGCUAUAUGCCGCAAAUGGUCGCCAUGGAAACAUGUAGAAGCUUACAGCUCGCAAGGGAUAUUGAGCUAUUGUUUAGAUAGCUUGCAUUAUUGCAACGCUACAGUCGCGAACAGAAGUGUCUUGUUGGACAUUUGUGCUCGAUUGUACCCAGUUGAAAUACACGAAAUAAUGCGACACAAGAAUACAAAUAAAGACAUUUUCGAGCGAGACUCUCAAAAUGUCAGAGAGAAAUGGCAACACUUAGAAAACGUGAGGGUUGCCAGUUUAGCGGAGAAAUUCUUGCAAGUAACGUUGAAAAUGCUUAAUGUGCUCGUUCAUUUGAUAGAGGAAGUUAAUCCUAAUGUGCAUUUAAAUAAGGGCGGGAUUGCCUUGCCUGGCAGUCCGGUUAGGAGGAAGACUCAAGAUUCAAUACCAAGAAGGUCAAGUAACGCGUCUGAAGAUGACAAAGGGUCGCUCAGAAAAAAACCGCAUUCCCCCGCAAAUAGUCUCAAAGCUAACUUCGCCGGCCACUUCUACACGGACCCGUUUUAUAUGAAGUUCUAUGAGACUUUGAGAGCUACGUAUUCUAAUCAUAAGAUAACGCUAGACCCAAAAAGCAGUAUUUUCCACGAGUUUCUCUCAACUGUUCUCAACUGCUUGGCUAUACAACUAGAACUCUCAACUGAGAGAGAGUUUGGACCGGUCACAGAAGAAAUCUUAUACUACCUCAAAGUCAUAAUGCCUUUAAAACCAGACGCCACAGUUUACUGUGUAACUCAACUGCUAAAAUGUCUAUUCGGAACGAAUAUGAUUAACCAGUAUUCGGAUUACAUGAGUAUAGUCGAUAAAACAGCACCAAAAGUUAAAACCAGUUUCUACAACGACGUUAUGUUGGUAAAUAAGUUAAAUACCAUAGACAAAGAGUCCAGAAGGAGUAGCGUGAGUUCGAAUGCCAGUCAGAAAUUGUCUUUGGAUACGAAAAAUCCGAGAAUGAUGGAAGAGAAGCAGUUGUUGAUCGCGAUGGAGAAUUUUGCGAAGAAUAAGAGUGAUAGGAAGUGGAGUACUAAUAAGAAGGAGUUGGAGAGGUAUAUAAGGCUGUUUGAACCGGUUGUUAUACAGGCUUUGAAGAGUUACACAAUGCAGAACGACAUCCCGCUACAAUGCAAAGUGCUCUGUCUUCUCAACCAGCUGUUAACACUAAGAGUGAACUACUGCAUGCUGGACAGCGACCAGGUGUUCAUCGGGUUUCUGAUGAGGCAGCUGGAGUGGGUGGAGCAGCAUGAGAUACCAAACUGCUGUGAUCUAGUCUACAACAUAUUGCUGUUUUUGGUACAACUAUCCUCUUCAAAACAUCACACGAAACAAAUUAUUGAGAUACCGAAGCUUAUCCAACUAUGCGAUGGACUGAUGGCUUCUGGGGCCCAUUUGGAGUGUAUAGCUGGAUUGGAACCUGUGGCGGUGAAGGUGUUCAGCAAUAUGGGAGCUACAAGUGUACUGGGCAGGGCGCAACAACAAGAGGCCCAAGCUACUAGAGAGGUGCUGUUUUAUAUGUUACAGAAAACUAUGCACCAACAUAAGGUCUUAGAACUGGUCUCGUGCGUUCUAUCCCUGUCUCAAGAGCAUCCGGAGAGUUACUAUCGCUGGUCAGAACUCGCUUGCGAUACUCUUCUAAAUCUUCUAUCUCAGAGGACCAUAGAGAUAGACUCUGUUGAAGCUAUAGCCUCAUUGGAGAAGCUUCUAGAUUCUGUGUACAAGGACGUAUUGCUGGAACAGAGUAGAGCGGAGACUUUGAUGAAGAUAUUGUUUAAGGCCCCACCGGAUCAGGCGACAACACCAUACAAACUAAAACUCCGCUACCUUUCAAUCAUAAUGGUCUUACUCCGCAAAGUUCUCAUCCUGAUACCGGAGAGCGAAAUCCUACUGACCGUAAACAACCUAAAAGCGACCAGUCUAUCACCACAGAGUAUUUUCUUCAACGCAAAACCAGAUAUAGACCCUUUGAACGUACAAAAUGUCAAUGAAAACUGCGCGAAUUUAUCCCCAGAUGUCAUAUUAGUCAGAUUACUGUUUAAAACUUUGACGUACGCCAUUUUGGAAGUGGAUGGGUGUAGGGAACCAAAUUGCUCUAAUUUUGACCUAGAAAGUAGCGUGAAGGGUCAAAGUCAUAGGUUAUUGUAUUCGGUAUGCGUUAAUAUUGUGGUGCAAGUGAAACAUAUGCUGCAUUUAACACCUGGCUGCCUCUUCCCUCUCACAGCAAAAACAGCACAAACCAUCUUACAUAACGAGCAAAGCGGUUUGAACACAGGAUUAUACAGUCCAGAUGAGAAUAUACCUCUAGACAGACUAAAUGUACUAUGUCUAAGUUCUUUGUCGCUGACUAUACAUUGGUCUCAUUUAUUAAUCAGAUUGAACUUCUUAACCCACAAGUACUGGCAGAAACUGGUGGGUUUCGCGAGAAACCUGCCUCUAAGAGAUGAUAGCAUCGAUAAACAGCUGUUGAAGGUUGAUGUACUGCAAAUAGCUUGCGUUAUGGCCUACUGCGAGUAUUUUGUAGAGAACGGCCUGUCAGAAGUGGUCCAUCUAACUUGGCUGUUAGUCAAUCGUAUUCAUAUACUAAUAAGCCAAUACAGGGAGGACAUGGUGCAGAGUUUGUUGUGUAAAGUCCAACAGACGGACAGUGCCUCGGGAUUGCUAUUGCAAGCCGUUGCGGCCAGGUGUCAGAACUAUUUGAAGGACGAAUUCGCAUUGAACGCGUACAAGAUAUUGAGUCUAUGUCACGAGAGCGAAUGCGGCGCUUUGAUAUUUUUCAUAUGCAGAAUGAUCGGCAAGAUGGAACCGUCGCUUUCCGCUAGGUUUGCCAAACUAGCAGUGGAGAGAUGUUGGCUCCUCAAAGAGAUGCCUGAAGACAAGAUAAACGAACAACUGACGAAGGAAGAUGUUCAGAUUGCUUUGGAGAUGCUGCAAAGGGAUCAAGUGUAUAAUCGGUACCCAUCAUUAGUGAUGGAGUUGAACUCGCUUGCGUCAUCUGUGUUCGCGCUAUCGCCACUGGACCUGUCACAAGAUCGAGCAAUCAACCCUCAGUAUGUCAACACUACUAACGUUGAUAGCAACUGGCUGCUGAAUCAGGCUAAGAACAGAUGUUGUCUAACUGACUCUUCGUCCACUAAAGCCUCAAGUCACUACGAAUUAGCACUUCUAUUAUCAAAUUUAACAAGAGAAGAUCUGACUACGGUCUUAUCAUGUCAAGAGUUUGACAGGAGAAUAUUAUCGUCAUGUUUCAAAGUGGCCGGCGACGACUACAUCAGGGAGUUUCUCACCGUUUUCUCGGCUUACGAAGCGAGGGAGAUAGAAAGAGAUAGACUCAGAGAGGAGAUGGAGUUGAAACAGAAAGAGAUGACGGCGUCCGUCGACAGCAAUAAAUUGAACGUAGUUAACACGCUGCAUGUGUUUAAAAAGAAUGAUAACAAAGAAUCUAAAUCACAAUUCUUCAUUCCAAUAAGUGAGAAUGAAAUUAAGGAGAAAUUUGGCAAUCUUGAACUGUCCGAAGAUCCAUUGGAACUAGUACUACCAGAUCUGUCACAGAUAUACCAAGUAUCGGUAACAUCAUUCGAGAAAACUCUAUCCGAUAUCAUAAAACUGUUCCCCAAACAGAAUCGACCUUUGAGCCAAUCAGAGAACUUCAAUUUGAAUAUAGAACAGUCCAUAGACAGAUAUACAAGGAGGUGUCAUCAAGUAUUUCAAGAAAAAUUGUUCUAUCAAGAAUUUAUAACUAUACAAACUAUCCUAACUGGAUAUCUCGAUUGUAUCAAUCGAAUUACAACAGUGAUCGACGAAUCAGAUUGCGAUUUACUCGAGAAAAUAAUCGAGAAUCUAUUACCAAGUUGUUUAUCGAGGAACAUAGCGAUAUUUUCCGUCAUGUCGUUGCAAUAUUUGUCUUUUUUGAUCAAAAAUAGGAAAAUAGUUGAAAGUCCUGUUCACGGGGAUGUUUCUUUCAGAGCUAAUACGCCAGUUAGUGACAAUUUGGUUAUUGAUAAUGUGAUUUUGUUAACAAUUGAAAAUGUCGCGAACGCAUUGAGUUUUAAAGAGAUUUGGUUGGAGUUGAAUUUGGAAAGUAAUAGUAACAGAACGCAGUCGGCCGUGAGCUGUUUGUACGCGGUUGUGAAAUACUUAGUGAAGGACACCAAACCCCUAGUCCUGAAUCAUCACAUGAAUCACCAGGACGGCCCCAAGCCAGACAUGGUGAUAAUAGGGGACAAGUUGAUAACAUUGAUUGAUUAUUGGGAGCGGAAUUUCUAUGUUACAAACGAAGGAGUGCUAGGAAAAUGUUACAGGAAGCCCAUUGAGAGUUUGAUUGUCAGUUUGUCCAGGUUAGACAUAGUAAGCAACAUAGCGCUGAUCCCGCCCAUAGCGUGGCCUUCAGUGGAAGUCUCACCGAAAAAGGACCAGCCGCUCAAGAUUGAUCUACCAUUACAAGCGUUGCUCGAUAUGGACGUAUUAGAAGCGUUUCUAUUUAGGGUAAACCUAAUAGGUUGGUCGUCGAAGAAGCAAUUCGAAGAAAUGUGGGUAAGUCUGCUCGGGGCCCUACAAGGCAACGGGCCGCAUUGGGCCAUACGAGGCAUCACGCAGGUUUUGAUCAGCACUGGGGCUUCGAGGCGAGGCAUGAGACAUGUUCCGAGACGAAUACUGAAUGUCACUGAUGGAAUGGCGCGUCUGCGCAACCUACUAGUGGGCACGUCGUACAUUAAACUAUUCGAUGACGUCAAUCUGGAGAGGAUACCGUUGGAAACAGACGGGUUCGAUGGCUACCACUAUCCUCAGUUCAACACUGAUUACCUCAAAUUGGCAGCAGAUAUAAUUGACGACGCCCCAUUCAGAGUGAGACAGGAACACAAACGCACGAAAAAAAUGGACGUCGAUGUGAACAGCUGUUUGCAAAUACUGAUGGAUGUCACUUCGCAGAUGCUGGAGCCGAAGGCGCCGAGCGGGCUGGCGGCGCGGCUGGCGCUGGUGGCGGGCGUGCCGCACUGCGGCGGCGCGCGCGCGGCGCAGGCGCUGGCGGCGGCGGGCUGCGCGCCGCUCGCGCGCUACGGCGCGGGCGCGCGCGCGCUGCUGCUGGCCGCGGCGCACUGCCUGGCCGUCGUGCGCGGGCUCGACGGGCUGCAGGAGCUAUCAUCGGUCCACCAAAAACUGUUACGGUCUUUGUCGUCAUCGUACGCACCGCUACGUCACGCCGCACUGCACGGCUGCCUGCUGCAACUGUCUGCCGCUUGUCGCAACGACACGGGCCAGGAGAUGGUCACCCAUCUCACCGCCGCCGUGGAGAAGUACUUGACGCCAGAUUGCAAGAUAUCCCUAUACGAACAAAGUCUGUACUGGACUGUUUUAUUCACAUUGAUAGAAUUAGGUCACCCAGAGUUUAUAAAUAAGGCAGUCGACUUUCUACUGUCAAAGCCUAAACAUUACUGCGCGGAUUUGGUCGCUAAGGGUAUAACAAUGACGAUACGUCAGCAAGUGUUACCAAAAGAAUUGAAGAAUUCAAUAAUGGAGAAGUUAUUGGAGAAUAUGAAGAAGUAUUCAGAGAGGCAUGCGGUACAAAUAUUGAUGGUACAUCUGUUUUCAGCCGACAACAAACUCCUAAGCCCAAAACUCACCACGGACGUAUCAAACAUGGAUCCCGACGUGUUGAUGAGUUCUAUGGAGCGUCUGACUCUCUUAUACAAAGCUCUCAGACAGACAAGAGAAGGGGAGAGUAAGAGAAUACUGGCGGCCGCUAUGAAAUACUUCUUGAAGGAAACUCUGCCGCCCGCUGCCACGUUGAGCAGAGUCGUGAUAGAGUUUGUGGAGAGUUGCAAGAUGGCGGAGAGAGUGAAAUAUGGGGUGGGGGGAGAGAGAGAGAGAGUGGGGGAGGGGGCGGUCCUCAACGCGGAGAUUGUGCAUCAGGUCUUCGAAACAGCGGUAUCCCAAGACCAACUGCCAGUAUUGAGCGGUUGGAUAUUCGAAGCUUUAUGCCAUCUUCUCAGUGGAAAAAUAUCCUCCCACCUUCUACCUUACUGCGUCUUAACCUUACUAGUUUCAGCCAGUUCGAACCAGUUCAUACGAAAGAUAUCGCCUUUGUGCACCGCCAUUUUGAGAAACGGCCUGAGAAACGCCGAGAAAGACGUGUCUUGGGGAGUUUUUAGUAAUUACUCGAGCGUUUCACAUGGAAUGUCGUUUGCGGAUAGGAGGUUGUUGUGUGUGGUGGCUAAGCAUUCCGGUUUUAGCAGAUCUCAGUUGGAUAGGUUGGUUGAGUUGUGUGAGAGUGGUGAGUGUUUGGAUGAGUUGUUGAUGUGUUUGAGUUCUUAGUGUGAAUUGCACCAUGGCUUUGGUUCAGAGAUUUCGGAAUAAUAUUGACUACUUCGGUAUGUCCGCGGCUCCGUCCGCGUGAAACUAAAAAAAUAGCUUAUUUACGUCACCUCAGGAGUUUUCGUUAAUCUUUUUUGACAAACUAUACCUUUUUUCUCACAGUUAUUGUUGACUUCAAAAAUCAUCUACUCUAUCGAUACUAUCGAUAGUCUUAUCGAUAAUAUUGUUUAACUCAACUAUCGAUAGAUCGACAACACUAUUUGGCAGCUUUUUAUAGUUUGAGCAUAAUGUAAUAUGUUGCAAUCCUCACUUGAUGGUACAAAUUUGUAGACUUAUUAGUAAGUAGUGAUAUGUGGAGCAAUUUAUUUAUAUAAUUCUUGGCUUCGCCGGUAGGAUAAAGAAUGUAUGAACGAUAAAGCAAGUGCUUUAAAUAAAAGUUACUAUACUUUUUAACUCUGUAGGUGCAACUGCGAAAUAUGUCUUCUACGUGCAUUUAAUCACGUCUUUAUCCGGGGUAGACCUCAUGGGUAGACAGAGCCUUAAGUCUCAAAAAAGACUGAAAGGCUUAUACUACGUGCAUCAAUUAUUAAGUUGAGGUGGUAACAAUUUUUUGGUUUAAAAGUGAUACUUUUUACGAAUGACUGGAAAAAGGCGCGCCCCAGACUCUAACUUAGGUCUAGAGAAUCUAACAGUUUCAUUUAUCAUGAUGGGUAGGUAUGAGUUGCAUUCGAAUAUCUAUAAAGUGAUUGUUUCUUUGUGCUAUGAAUGAAUUAACUAAAUGUUGCUUGAAAUGUAGUUAAUGAGGAAAUAAUAAAACACGCUUAAUUAAGGCACGAAUACACGUUUGCAUCAGACCGGAGAUAUCAAUUUGUAUGACUAGAUUUUUCUAUAGGCAGUAAUAAAAGUUAUCUGAAAUAUAAAUUGUAAUACUGCCAAAAACAAAUGUACUGUAACCUAGUAGCAAAAAAUUCGCCAUUGACACUACUUUUGUUUUUAUCCAUAUAAACACCCCCAAAACACAUUACAACAAAUUUACAUAAAGUUGACCUUAUUAGUAAAAGCGAGUUAACGCCGUUUUUAUCGUGCGAAGAACUAUCGCUAUGCCGCUCCACGUCGUAAUAAAAAGCGAAACAGCUUUAGUUUUUUUCGUGAUGAAAAAAAAUGGCGUCGCGCGUACCUUUUGCAGGAGCUGGCAACCUUUAAAAUAAUAGUAAUUAAAUCUGCCUAUUUGAGAAUCUAUCUUUAAAACGUAUAAUUUGUUGUACAUAGAAUUCAAUUUAUUAAAACUGGGUGCUGAGUUGGUUGAUAUGGGAUUUGAUUAAAAUAAUUAAUAGAAUUGAAAUGAAUCAAGUAAAACGAAUUCAAAUAUGUGGUACAGUCUUGAAUAAUGUAAACAUUGAAUACUCAAAUAUAAAGCUAGAGUAGUAAGUAAGUAAGUACUGCUAAACAGGACAUCGCUAUCAUAAUACUAAUGAAAUCAUAACCAAAUUCUAUCUAAACUGAGCGGUACAAGACGGCGACAUAUCCCUAGAACUUCAGUUACAAUAUGGAAUUUCUGUUAUAAUUUUUGAAUUUCAACGAGCUAGAAAGUCGGUGAUUGAGUCUUUCUUCCUCUUUAUCGCUUACGGGGUAAACAGAACCUGUCUGAAACUGAGACUGAAAGGUGAAGGUACCAAUUUAAAUAGUUUUAAAUUAUUUUGCUAUUUUAUGUGGUACUAUAUUUGAGUAUUCAGUUAAGAAUAUGAUUAAUCUAAAAUCUACGCACUUAAUAUGAAAAUGGUAUUUUAAUUAUAAGAAUGUUGUAUAAUUGUAUAUUUUAUGAAACGCAUUGAAGUUAUAUUUUAAAGCUACGCUUCUGCGAAGAAAUAUAGUCAUUAAUAUAAUA